CGUAAAGGCGGCGCCCGCGCGGCCCGCGGGUCAGAAGCGCGGCUCGCGGCGCGGCGUAGCGGCGUAGCGGCAGCGGCAGCCGGGAAGGAGGCGGAAACCGAAUAGGAGAGUAUGAGAUACGUGUGAGUGAGCGUGAGCGAAUAGUGAGGACUCGGACACUUGGCGUCGUCGUCGACGGGUGUGAUGUGCGAGGAGGUGGCCAGUGUGCAGGAUGGUGGCGUUGUCAGGGCGCACGAACUGAGACAAAUCUAGACGAGCGUGCCUUGUGUCCCGGACGACAUACCGAAAAAGAUGGCUUUCAACUUAUUUCGAGCUAUCCUGGUGCUAAUUCACGUGAUCUAUGACGUUUACUGUGAGGCCCGGCGCGCCCUCCGUUGCGCCCGACAACAUUUGGAAGAUUAUUUCUUCAGCCCAAGGGGCCUGGAGGCGGAGAUCGAGUACGUGCGACAAGAAAGGAAGGUCCUGGACAAGCCCCUCUCGCACCUGGCCGUCAUCCUAGGCCCCGAAGUGGUGUCUGUCAGAGACGUUGUGCGGUUGGCCCUGUGGUGUCACGCCGCCGGCGCAACCUAUGUCAGCUUCUACGAUCCUUCGGGCCAGUUGAAGAAAAACAAAUUUGCUCUGGAUGAUGCAUUAAUAUCAGCAUGCAAAGUGAAAAGUCAUAUUCCAAAAACAAAUGGUUAUAUAAAUGGAUAUGCCGGAAAACAAUUUCCACACAUCAUGUUGUUAGAUAUAUCAGAUGGUAAGCCUGGUAUUGUGAGAGUUGCAAAACAAAUUUGCGAGGAGGUGCUAUCCAAAGAACUUUCCCCAAAUGAGGUGGAUUUAGAAUUGUUCAGCAAAUAUGUUAUGAAGGAAUCAGGAGUUCCAGAACCAGAGCUUGCCUUUUAUUGUGGUGAUAUCUUCUCCCUGUAUGGAUUUUUACCAUGGCAUUCAAGAGUCACUGAAUUUCUACCACUACAUAGCCAUCACAAUGUCUCGGUGCUAAAUUUUGUUACUUUACUUAGAAGAUACAACAGAUGUGAACAGAGACUAGGCACUUAGAAAUUUAAUGAAGGCAUACCUUCUUCAAGGAUGGUGCUGCAGUGUAUUGUAUCUUUAUUAGGGGUUUGAAAGACUGAAGGAAAGCUUGAGUAGUCGCAUCUCAGUCUGUCCUUCCAUCGUGUAAAAAGUUUCUAGUAAUUUUAUGCUGUUUUCUUUUAACUCUUCACAGGCCUUAAGUCUUAAUUUAAAAUGAUUAUUGAUGUAAUGUAUCAAGUUUGACAUAAGAACAUAUGAUUGUGUGCUUCCAGAGGGUUUUAUUUAUUUUAAAUGUGUAUAUUAGUUAAUGAGAUCUCGGCUAUGAUUUGUCUGCUUGAUUUCUAGAAUUGUCAAAGAGAAUGUGAUUGCAUAUUACAAGUUACUUUUAACCACCUCACCUCUCGUUACCCAUGAAAUGGUCCAACUGUACCAAAACAAAUUAAAUAUUAGAUGGUUCAGUUUGCUCUUUACUCUAGCAGCUGGUUUCACUGUUGAACAAAACUAAUUGUAAUUCCCAAAUAAUUCCUAAAUAGAUAUUGAAAUGUUACCAUCACAUUCCUACUGUACUGUUACUGUACUACAAAUGUUAAAUAAAUGAACUUGUUAAUUGUUAUGAAA